CGCCGACGGGCUACAUCUGCGCCCGAGCGCUUAGUCUCCCCGUGCUCCGGUGCUGAAGUCUCCCGGGGACACGGACGCGCCGGCCGACAGGCUUGCCAUGACGACCCCGCUUGACUGAGCGACGCUCAACUCUCGGACGCCACCAUGCGGCAGCACAAACACAUUGAAGUGCUGCUGCUGCUGCCGUUGCUAAGCAGCUGGCCAGCAGUGGCUGACAUCAAAAUUGGUGGCAUUUUCGAGACGGGUGACGACGUGCUCGAAAUGGCCUUCAGCUCGGCCGUAGACCGGAUCAACACCAUGGGCCUGGGUGAACCCGGCGCCCAGUUUGUCACCCCGGGUUCACGUCUGCUAGCUCGCGUUGAGCACACCGAGCGUCUUGACUCCUUCCAGGCAUCGCGCAAGGUCUGCGCCUUGCUCGAGGAAGGUGUGGCGGCUGUGUUCGGUCCCCAGUCAGGCGAGGCCAGCGCCGCAGUUCGGUCGGCAUGCGCCGUGCUUGACGUGCCGCACAUGGAGACCCGUUGGGACUACCGCGUGAGGCCCGACAACCACUCUGUCAACCUGUUCCCGCACCCGGCCGCCCUGGGAAAAGCGUACCUGGACUUCAUUAAGCACAAGGACUGGCGCACUUUCGCCGUUCUUUACGAGGAGAAUGACGCACUGAUCCGGCUGCAGGAGAUCCUGAAGGACCCGUUGAUGCGCGAGCGCAAGGUUGUCGUCCGGCAGUUCGAGCCGGGCGUCGAGUACCGCAAGGUGCUCAAGGACGUCGGCAAGAGCGGCAUCAAGAACAUCGUGCUUGACGUGCCCAUUGAGCACGUGCACACGGCACUAAAACACGCCCAGCAGGUUGACAUGAUGUCCGAGUACCACAACUACUUCAUCACGUCAUUGGAUGCCCACACAGUGGAUAUGGAAGACUUCCAAUACGGCGGCACCAACAUCUCGGCCUUCCGCCUGGUCGACACCAACGCCAAGGAGUUCGAUGAAGUUGCCCGGGACUGGAUGACGCGGCGACUCCGCCAUGGACAGAAAGGCGAAGGCAGCUUGUACCGGAAUUUAACGACAAAAGUUGCUCUGAUGUACGACGCUGUGAGAUUGUUCGCCACGGCACUUCGAGACCUGCAGCCGAAUAAUGGGCCCAAGAUUCAGGUGCGACCACUUUCGUGCGAAACGGAGGAACCCUGGUCGCAGGGAAACUCUUUCGUCAAAUACAUGCGAAUGAUUAAUAUUCAAGGUCUAACUGGCAACAUCAGAUUUAAUCCCAAUGGGCACCGAACAGAUAUGAGACUUACCGUCAUGGAGAUCACUCACAAUGGACUCCGAGAGGCCGGUGAGUGGACAAUGCACGGUGGCAUCAACAUCACCACAAACUACUCACGACAACUCGAAGAGGCCCGUCUGCAUCUCAUGAACAAGACACUUAUAGUCACCACGCUCGUGCAACCCCCGUACACAAUGCUGAAAGAGAACCACCAAGAGCUGGAGGGCAACGCAAAGUACGAAGGCUACUGCAUUGACCUGCUCGAAGAGAUUUCCAAGCUUCCGGACAUCAACAUCAAGUACAAGAUUCGCGAGGUGGCGGACAAGGCGCACGGCAGGCGGGAUGACAAGAACGAAUGGAAUGGCAUGAUCGGGGAGCUUCUACAAGGGAAGGCAGACCUGGCCAUUGCCGACCUGACCAUUACGUACGUACGGGAGGAGGUAGUGGACUUCACGAUGCCGUUCAUGAACCUGGGCAUCAGCAUCCUCUACAAGAAGGCGGACAAGAAGCCUCCGUGGCUCUUCUCCUUCCUGGCACCCCUGUCCCUAGAGGUGUGGAUAUACAUGUCCACGGCCUUCCUCGGCGUCUCCCUCUUUCUCUUUGUGGUGGCGCGGUUCAGCCCGUACGAGUGGGUGAACCCCCACCCGUGCGACCCUAGGCCCGCCGAGCUAGAGAACCGGUUCACCAUAUGGAACACGCUCUGGUUCACCAUCGGCUGCCUGAUGCAGCAAGGGUGCGACGUGACCCCGCGGGCGCUGUCGACGAGAGUCGCGGCCGGCAUGUGGUGGUUCUUCACGCUCAUCAUGGUCUCAUCGUACACGGCCAAUUUGGCCGCCUUCCUGACAGUAGAACGACUCGUGUCUCCGAUCGAAAGCGUCGAGGACCUGGCCAAGCAGACGAGCAUCCAGUAUGGGUGCCUUGCGUCGGGAUCCACCCAGGCCUUCUUUAAGGAAUCCGAGUUCCCCACCUACAAGAAAAUGUGGCACGUGAUGCAGGCCGCACGGCCCAGCGUGUUUACCGAAUCCAACUACAAGGGCAUCGAACGAGUGCGCCGCGGAAAGUACGCUUACCUGAUGGAGUCUACCUCCAUCGAGUACGCCAUAGAGAGAAACUGUGACCUAACCCAGAUCGGCUCGCUCCUGGACAACAAGGGCUACGGCAUUGCCACACCGCCUGGGUCCCCGUACCGCACGAUGCUGUCCCAGGCGAUCCUGCAGCUUCAGGAGAGUGGCACCCUGCACGUGCUCAAGGAGCGUUGGUGGAAGAAGCGGCACAUCGUCAAGAAGUGCCCCAAGGAAGAGGCAAGCGCGUCCAAGGGCACCUCGGCCCUGGGCCUGGCCAACGUGGGCGGCGUCUUCGUCGUCCUGUUGACCGGCUCCUGCAUCGCCUGCAUCACGGCAAUCGUCGAGUUCAUCUGGCGCUCUCGCAAGGCGCUGCCAGAGGAAAGGGAACCCGUCUGUAUGGAACUAUGCCGCGAGCUGCGGUUUACGCUCACCUGUGGCGGAAAGAAGCCCGUGCGCACCAAGGGCGACGACCGGGUGCCACCUGGUGCCGGCAGCGGCGAGAACGGGCUGCCGUUCAUGCCUCUCACGGGCUACGGCGCCGUCGUCUCCAAGGACAGCUUCUCCUGACAGGACGAGCCCCGGGGCGCGCCCGACGACAAGUUCAGCACCUGCUACCGCCCUGUCCGGGAUUCCCCUAGAAGCUACCGGCCCGAGGACACCGUCGGUACCGAAGUCUAGACUCAGAGCCCUAGCAGCCACCGUUAGCCCCUCAGCCUAUUCCCACUUCACUCUCUCUCUCCUAGGGUCUGUCGCGCCUCGCACUUUAUCUGUUCAUUUAUCUUCGACAUUGAUCAUUGUGCACUGUUAAGUCUCGCCGCAGUAGUCUAACGUCAUCUCAAGGUUGAAGCUACCACGUCUCUAACCUUCAGCUGCCAGCGAGCACCGAGAAGAGUAGCUCCUCUUUGUUGGACUUUGUCGUUUCGAGUCCAGAGCUAGAGCCUGUUCAAGCAUUUCUUACUUUCAGAGAGCUGUAAUAAUGUUUAUAGAGGCUAGUCCUUAAUCCCGAGAGUUGUGUUUCGCUCAUGUUUAUGAUAUCCUAGCCCAUACAGCAAGCGCCACACUGGCCGGACUAUUUGAUGCUGAGAGUUGCAUGCCAGGAUACGAGAAGAAAGCGCGGCGGGAAUAGUGGCAUCAAUAUGCGCGGUUAAGUUCUUCACACGCUUGCAGCGUGGCGUUCGCCGCAUUGGUCAAGUCCCACGAACUGCGUGCACACGUGCAGUUCCAGAGGUUUUACGUAAGACGUAUCCGUGCUGGAUGUAACGGAUACCACAUGCGCCAUAUAUAGCAACAGGUAAGAAACCCAAGAUUGUUUGACCAUUGACAAAUAUAUUUUGUCUUACUUCAAGCAUAUUACUUCCUCUCACGUGCUUUCUCAACUGUCGUCAGUGUUGUAUUACGAAGAAACGAAAACACCCCUAUCCAAUUUGGAACAGAAUGUUUACGUUUCGGACCUACAAUAAAUGUUAAGGACGAGCGGGAAGGCUUGCGUCCGACGCAGUUCCUUGUUUAUAUGAUAACGACCGGUUUUCAUUCGAUGAUGUUUUCCAGCAUCCUUACCCGAGCGUUCUUAGGUUUGCUCUUGUGAGCACAGCAGUUGCAAUCGCUGUAUCAAAGAACAAUGUGAAAGUACGAUAGCUCCAAUGCAGCUUAGUUUCUGCGAGCGGGUUCCUUACUGCAAUGCAUUUGAAGCUCGAGUCAACUAACCUUUGUUUUAUAAAAUGAUUCAUUGAGAAAUUUAGCUGCCUUUGCACGCACCAGCGGAAUGCUACACGCACAGCCACAGCAUUUGACAGGCGAGCUAGCUUCGCCAUCCUAACCACAAAUGUACUUGGGAUUUUGAAGAAACAUCUUAGCAGUUUAGUACGAGCAAAUAAUAAGACCUCGUCUUUUUUAAUUAAUAGACUUUUUUCUCCAAAAUCCACACUCGGGGACUUUUUGACCAGACAGCUUGGCUAAAUGCUAUCAGGUUGUGUGUCACGAUCCGUUUUUCAAUCGCUCAUUAAAUGCAAUAUCUUUCACGGGUUAGCUUCCUGUCGUCUCUCGCUUGUACAGCUGAGACACAUUACAGCGAAGCACUACAUUCGUCAAAUGAACGUUUUAAAAGUUUUUUUCCUUUGUUUUCACUUCCGUCGAACGCGAGUGUGCCUGUGAUAGAUGAGGCCCUGAAGAAAGCUAUGGUGACUGGCCCUUUCUAAACUGUUACAUUAGUUACGCUGUUACGAUUUAAUUUCCUUAAGUUGUUCAUUGAGUGUAGUUUAAUUUUGGUCGUAAGUUUGUUAAUGAACGCAAGAUGGCCCCCUUUACGAAGCUGUGUGAACAGGUCUCUUUCCUACAAAGACAUAAAAGACUUCUGCAAGCUAUUUGCACCGAUUUGUGUGGAUGCCCUUUCAACAUUAUUGAGAAGUUGUCUUUCUCUUAUCGCUCCAUCAAAGAAGAGCUUUUCGGUCUUCGCAGACCAAAUUUUACAUUGGACUCGGCAAGAGCGAUAAUUUCUGAUACAUGCUUAUGCAUUUAAGAGUCAAGAGACAUACACGUUUAGGGAUCGAACACAAUUUGCGGUCUUGAUUUUGCAAAUAGAAGUGGUCUGACAAAUGUUUGACAAUAGUACAAAAAAGCACAGAAACUUCUAGUCAGAGAACACUAUAGAUUUGUGAAAGAGCCGGGUCUCCAAUCGACCAACGUUUCAUCAAAAACGUCAUGGUAUCAUAUCGUCUUUUUGAUUUACGUUCGACAAAACAUAAUAAAAUCACUACUACGUCUAAGCGUUCGAACGUAUAGUCGCAUUUAUGUAACUUAUCAAUGUUGGCAUUACUAGAGUUUCACACAAAGGCAUUGCGAUUGUUGUUGCACAAGAAAGUACGGAAGGUAUCGUUUUAAUUAAUACUACGCAUUUGCCGAACACUUGUUUAGCAUCAAUAAAAUUAUUGAGAGGUGCGUGAUAAUAUUCAAGGGUUCUCUAAAUGUAGCUACUCUUGGUUGAUUGCAUCGGUAUAUUCCUGCAAUAUCGUACUUGCUCAAUGAAGGGUAAUGUUCCUUUUCUUUUAACCAAUUUGUUCAUUUUACAAUACAUUUUGUGCAGGUUCACAGCACUCAGAUACUUAUAUGUUUUAGCACUACCUGGCGUAAUAAUACAAAUAAUUUAAAGCUCUUUUAUUAAUCAUUGUGGGAAUUAGUAAAUACGUAAUUAUUCGUGGUUUCAGGCUUUUGGGUAUAAAAAUGUUCUCAAGAACAGUCGAAAUUACUCCGGGGCAUAACACUAGGUUUUUUUCGGAAACAUUUGGUAACACAACAAUGUCUCUGGCUGACCGAGUUAUUCACAUUUGCCUUCAACCACCAUUGUAUUCGCUAAAAUUGGUGAUAUGAUCUGCACUCUUUUCAAGUUGAAGCAGUUCAUUCUCUGAAAUCUUUCUAAAAGCCUCGAAAACACCGGAAAAGUACGAUAUGCUCUUGGCUGUUCCGAAAGUUCUGUUGCUUACGUUUCCGUGAGUUUGCGUCGGAAUGAAAGUAAGACAAGUAGUGAGAGCGACUGGUUUCUGUCACCAAAUGUAAGUAACCUCAUACCAGUUAUAGCCACAAAAUGUGUACGCGCAGUUGUGGUGCUUUGAUUUUCGUUGAUUUUCCAUGUUUGGAAAGCAAGACAAACAGGCAUCGUUCUUUCAGUGAAGUGAACGUCUUUGGACUCCUACUUUCGUACGUUUUUUUUUCUUUUUGGUAUCAUAUUUCAUUGGCAAGUUUACUUUAAAAAGAAACCUGGAGACAGGCUAGGACGUCUUCAGCACGUUCGUACACCUUACGGAAGAACCACAAGACGAUGUCCCAAAUUCGCAUCGUUUACAAUCUGCUCAGAUUAUGCAGUUUAGUGCUACAGCUUCAGGUUGUACCAAUCGCGGUGCCAGCGAUGUCAUGUGUGAGCACACCUGUGCGUUUUUGAAGCGUUGUCAAAAACAGAGAAUAAUAGCAACUGGGCCGCAGAGUAUCGAUGUGUAUUGAAGUAGUUGUUGGUGCUUGUGGAUUCGACACGCGAUUGUACGACCAUGUUUUUUUUUCUAUCUAGUUGUGGGUACGUUGUUACAUAAAUGACUUUGUUCAUUUUUGGGGUCUGGUGCAAUCAUGAAGACAUCGCACUCAACUGUUUCAUUGUUCGAAGGCAAUGCUUGCUGUGUGUGUUCACAUCUUUUUGCAUUUGCCUGUAAAUAAAGUUUUUCGUUCACUCCAA